UCCGCAUCUCCAGGUUACCUUGUCUGCAUUGCUGAUGGAGGCUCUGAUCAAGGCAGCGAUCCCCGCGCCGUUUCAUCUCCUGGGCCGCUCGGCAGCGAUCCAGAGACCCCCGAAUCAUCUCUCCGUCUGCCGCUCCCGGUGAGUGCCGAUCAGCUUAUCCCCUUCACCUACUUACUCGCCUGGACACGGUCGGGAAUGGUGUCGAAGCUUGUCGGGAAAAAUGGGGAAGUGAAUGGACUAUAUUCCACUCCCUCACCUAGUGGAUCAGAAGAUCAGGGAGAUGAGCAGAUGCCUGAGGAGACUAUUCAACCAUCAAAUCUUGAAGCAAAGGGAAAACAUGCUGACAUCUGGCGGCUUUUUAAAGAAGCUCAACAAAAUAUUUUGUUUUUAAACAAACAGCGGCUCCUGGUCACUGAGGAACUAGAAAAAGCAAAUAGAGAGAAACAACUGUUGCUUGACCAGAUAGAGCACUUUCAGCUGGGAAAUCAAGCUGUUGAUGGGCGAGUUAAUGGCACUGAUAGGCUAUCAAUUUUCUGGGAGUUACUGCAUCGAAUAGACUCAAUGGUCCUUACACGAAAAGUCACUAUUGAGGAGGCAUCCAAUUGGAGGAGGCUAAUCAUGGAUAGCAAAGUUAGUAUAGCUGAUGUCUUUUCUGAUGUCCUGGACCAAAGAGAUUCGGAGCUUCUUGAGAAACUUCGCCACUUUGCAGAUGGAAGCAAAAGGAAUGGUUUUCACAUUGUUCAGAUAUGCACUGAAAUGGAACCUUUGGUCUAUGUUGGAUCCUUGGCAUCAUAUGUAACGGGGUUGAGCCGUGCACUACAAAGAAAGGGCCACACUGUAGAGGUUGUUUUGCCCAAGUAUGCAAGGCUGAACCUUGGAGAGGUUCAAGGGUUGAGAGAAAUUGAGGCAGAAUUCUAUUCAUACUAUAAUGGUCAGCUGCAUGGAAACAGGAUUUGGACUGGAAUUGUCCGCGGUAUUGGAGUUACUCUCAUCGAACCUAUAUUUUUCUCAUCCUUUUUUAGCCGUGAGAAGAUAUAUGGCUACUCAGAUGACUUUGAACGGUUUGCUUAUUUCUCCCGUGCUGCAUUAGAUUAUUUGGUCAAAGCUGGAAAGAAGCCUGAUGUUUUGCAUAUACAUGACUGGCAAACUUCUAUUGUAGGGCCUCUUUUCUGGGAUAUGUUUGUGAAACUGGGACUUGAAGGCACAAAAAUAUUACUAACUUGCCACGACCUUAAUUCACAGUGUCUUGAGCAACCUGAUAAGCUGGGUCUAAGUGGACUAGAACCUGCUCGUCUUCAUCGUCCAGAUCGUUUCCAAGACAAUGCCAGGGCAUCCCUUGUAAAUUUGUUGAAGGGUGGAAUUGUAUACUCAAACAAAGUUGUAAUUAUUUCAUCCAUGCACUCGAAAGGAAGGAUAAUCCGUUAUUUUGGUUAUGGGUUGGAGCCCACCUUAGCAACUCACAAGGACAAGUUGCUAAUCGCUCCCAGUGGGUUUGACAACUCCAUAUGGGAUCCUUUAAAGGACAAAUUUCUUCCCAAAAACUACAGUGCAGAUGACUUGGAGGGUAAAGCAGUUUGUAAAGUUGCGUUGCAACACCAUGUGGGUUUGCCUAAGGAUGCUUCUGUUGCAGUUGUUGGAUGGAUCUACCGAGAAGUAUCGGAUAUUGACUUGAAGACUCUAAAAACUGUUGCCCAGAGCAUUACACAUGGGGGUGGCCAGCUUCUCUUGGCAAGGAUAGACAAAAUGACAAAUCUGGAUAGGACCUCUGAAUCUUUUGUGAAAGAUCUGAAGGAUGAAAACGUUAGAUUCAUAGACAGAUUCGAUGAAGCUCUAUCCCACUUGAUAUUUGCUGGUUCUGACAUUAUCUUGUGUCAGUCUUUUGAGGAUCCUACACUACAAGUGCCGUUUUUGCAGAUGAAGGCAUUGAAAUAUGGAGCUGCUCCAGUCGCACUGUCUUUUUCUGAUGAUAGAUCCAGGCAUGUUGUUGAACUCAACCAUGAUAUCUCGGAGUAUGCACAGUUCAUAAAGUCCACAUUUGAGAAUAUAUCUCUCAGCCAAGCCCUAGACGAAAUGAGGAGUAAUCCUUCCAAAUGGAAGCGAAAGAUGGCGGAUGCCAUGGAUAAGGACUUCUCCUGGGAUGCAGAAACAUGCGACGUACAUAUCUCUGCUUAUGCAGCUUUAGAGAAGUUGUAGAGCAGGUGUAUAACUGUAUAUAUAGCCGUUGAUCAUAGUAGUAUAUAACCACUUGAAAGACAUCUUCUGAUCGGGGAAUCCUUCGGGGAGUCCCGGCAAAUUGGCCCCAAUCGCUGGUUACUUAGAGUGUAAAUUCUUUGUUUCAAGGUAUCUAUUUUCUAUGUGCCAAUAAAUUCGUUGUCGUCGUUAAUGGUCGGUCCAAUGUCAUGCACGUUAUUGUUGUUGACCUCUUCAGCAGUGAAGUGUAAAAGUUGAUUGCCA